UCGUAAAAAGGGACAUGAGCGCAUAAGGGAGACGGAUAGCGCAGUCGCAACUGAGGGGCGAGGGAGGGGGUUCUAGGACUAAAAAGAGAAACGUGAAAUCGUGAUGGAUGCAGCCGUUAGGAGGCAGGAGCAGGAGGCGGCGCGACAUGGCUGGACGAAGGACACUCUAGGAGGAGCUACCGCGCAGGAUCCAGCCGCCGCGACUCAUGGAGGGAAGGGUGGAAGUUACCAUGCCGACCAGGGGUGGGGUGUACAACCUUGUGAUGGAUUGGGUGGGGGUGGAGCUAGCAGAAGAUACAGUAUACCUGGUGGUGGAACUAGAGUGGCGCGCGAGGGGGGAAUUUGGGGGUAUAAGCCUGGACCUGCCAGGGCGCGUGCACGCCACACGAUCAUUGCACCUAUCGAAAGAGGGGUGGCGAACGUUUGGGUUGGCCUUGGCCGACGACGGUGACCCCGUGCAGAUGUUUGACGGGGCGUGGCAAGUAACCCGGAGGGAAGGGUUCGCAUUCGCGGAUCUGGAGCGAGACGACGUGACGGCAACCGUUCGGGUGCUCGAAGUGGGGGCCUGUAUCUUGCCCCACAAAAUGGGGCGCGUUGAGCUGGCGGUGGUCGUGUUGACUAGGCUAAGCUUUAACGACAUGACGGUGUGCCAAGAGUAUUACCGAGCCUUCUUAGAGCUGGGCCCUUUUGAAGGAGACCAGGAAUAUGAGGUGUUGAGAAUCCUACAUGUUAUCAUAGCGACCAGGCGAGGAGUGCCCACGAUAGCUGAGGAAGUUUUGUGGGAGGUGGUUAGGCGCGAGAUAGGUUGCGGCUUGACCUAUGUGGAUGAUGUCUACCGGCUAUUCGAGGAGGUGGACGAAUAGGGGCGCAGGAAAGGAGGAAGGGAAAAUAGGGAGAGAUUGGUGGGAAACUAGAACGUAGCUGUGAUAACAGGGGGGAGGAUAUGGGGAAAAUAAAAAGAGAGAUUUUUUUCUUAUUUUUCUGUGUGGGAAACUUGCAGGGCAAUGGCAAGGAGACACGUCCGUACGGCGCAGCGACCCGCGCACCCGCGACCGUCCUUGGAAAUCGGCAAAGGAUGGGAAGUGUCGCUCCCGGCGAGCAACGAGGUCCGGGGAACAAAUGUGGAAUGGCGAG